GUUUCCAGUGAGAAAAGAUGCCAGUAAUUGAGGGGAAGAGUGACAUGGAGCGUCUGGGUGUCUUCAAAGAGAUGAGCUACAUCUCUAUAGGAGACAAGUACAACGCACCCACCAACCGUCCGUUCAAUGAGUCAGCCUAUCGUAGCCGGCAGAUUCAGGCAGGCAUCGCUAAACAACGCUGUGCACUGCAGAGCGGCUUCUUCGACAAGUCGUUCAAGCGGAUAUUUGAACGCGAGGCACUGAGUGACCCGGUGAGACUGGCCCGACAGUACCGCAUCCAGCAGACCAAGAAGAACCUGGGGAAGGCCUUCCUGCCCUGUAAUGGGAUCAAGAAGAACAGUGGUUCAGGUAGUUACUACGGGACUCUAUCAGGACCACUUGAAGCCAUGAGUCCCCUGACUGUUGCUCGGAAGGCCCAUCCCUCACCUGGACGCAACAUCGUCACUUCACCUCCCAAGAAAGGCAGUGGUUACAGCUAUCCUAAUGUAACACUGUCCAAAGUGGAGUUGUAUACCUCGGACCCCUACGACAGAGCCAAAGAGGCCCUGAAGAAGGAGGACUCAAUCCAUCGCUCCAAGUUUAGAGAUGGCCCUUUCAAGCUCAACCUCCAUCCCAGAGACUAUUUCCAGGGCAAUCCAUAUCACAGUGACAAACCAACCCCACCAGCACAUAAGCCCCUCCCACCAAGACAGAAAGUCUCUCCUGCUCCCUUUAAACCAGCAUCCCCCGGCAAACAAAUUGGAGGAAUGAAAGCGGGGACAUUUGACAAGUAUCCCUCACAUUCUGCUGAUCCAUACGUCCUUCGCCGUUCCAAACCGACCAAUCAAGAGCCAGUCUUCCGUCCCACUCCUGGUCCUAAGAGCACACCUGUCAAGAGUAUCAUCACUGUCAAUGUUAACAGGAGUGUAAAUUCUGUAAACUACACUUCAACCAUCCCAGCUGUGAUGACCUUCUGA